AUGUGGUCGAUGACGGCAGUGAAUUCGACUUCGCCAGCACCUCCGUCAAGUGCGCCACGUGAUCUUACCAUAAUGCAGUCAACCAAUGGAGAUCCACAAACACUGAUCCUGAACUGGCAACCUCCCAAAUAUGCUAAUGGAGAUAUCCAAGAAUAUUUGGUAUAUUAUUCGGACCGAUCGGAUGCGCCCGAAAAAGACUGGGUUUUGGAUGGAGUAAAAGGCGAUCACCUGUCGAUCAAGCUAACCAAUUUAUUGCCACGGCAAACAUAUUUCUUUAAAGUGCAAGCUCGAAAUUCCAAAGGAUAUGGCCCAUUGUCGCCAACGCUGCAGUACGUUCCAGGCGCUCCUCCUCCAAAGUUAUUCCAGGUAUCUCCCUGUUUCUAG